GUCAAAAGUUUUUCAAACGCGAACGUGAAAACACGCGCUAAAAGAAAAGUCAAAUUUCAGUGCAUUUGAGAAAAAUCUAAAGAACCUAAAAGUGUGAUUUUUUUUCCAUAUCACAAUCGUAUUCCAUCUGGUAAUCCCUCUUUCUAACCCGUGUGUAGAUGUCAGUUGUACCUCUAAUGUUCCGUGAUUGGUGGGAUGAACUUGAUUUUCCAAUGCGCUCAUCGCGCCUGUUUGAUCAACAUUUUGGCACAGGACUAAAACGCGAUGAUUUGCUGUCUUCUGUUUGGAGUUCACGUCCAACGAUGUUGCGUUCAGGUUAUUUGCGCCCAUGGUCACGUUCGCCAACAAGCUUGCAGAAGCAAGAAUCUGGCUCAACUUUGAAUAUCGAUAACGAGAAAUUCGAAGUUAUUUUGGAUGUACAGCAAUUCUCCCCUAAUGAGAUCAGUGUUAAGGUCACCGAUAAAUUUGUACUAGUUGAAGGCAAACAUGAGGAAAAACAAGAUGAACAUGGUUACGUUUCUAGACAAUUCUCCAGACGUUAUAUGUUGCCAAGUGAUGUCAAUCCCGAUUCAGUGAGCUCAUCUUUAUCUUCAGAUGGUCUUUUGACUGUAACAGCACCAAUGAAAAAAUUGCCACCACCAAAUACUGAACGUGUUGUACCAAUUUCUCAAACUGGCCCAUCUUCAAAAGAGGAUAACGCUAAGAAAAUAGAAACAUCUACUGCUUAAACAAAUAUUCCCGAUACAAUGGACUGCUAACAAUUUAAUUCUUUAAUAUCAAAAAUCUAAUAAAAAUA